CCUUUGCCAACCGCAAUAACGAACAACGACGCCGACCACGAAAGCAGAAAGUCCCGCCGCCACGACCCCGCUGAUCUGCGGGGCGAAGACAUGCAGUCAAAGAAGCCCUUGAAAUGGACUAAGAACAGCAUGAUCGCUGGGGCGGGCGGGGGCCUUGUUGCAAGCAUUGCAACCUGUCCUCUAGAUGUUGUCAAAACCAAAUUACAAGCUCAACGCGCAGUUCAGGGACAGUUGGGUUAUUUGGGAAUAAUUGGUGUGUCAAGAGGGAGAAAAAAAAACUACUGUUUUGAUACUGACCACCCUUCAUUCUCAGCGACUGUGAAAUCAGUUGCAAAGUAUAACGGUUUCCGAGGAUUCUAUCGUGGUCUCGGUCCAACAAUACUGGGCUACCUUCCGACAUGGGCUAUCUAUUUCGCAGUGUACGAUGGUAUCAAAUCUGCUUUUGGUGAAGUACCUUUAGGAGUUCCUCAAUCACAAAGGGCCAAUAUCUACCCCGCGGCACAAGUUAAGGGGUACCAACCCGUUGCCCGUGAGCAUCCUUGGUCGCUCCAUAUCCUAUCGGCCAUGACAGCCGGAGCGACCAGCACUCUUUGCACGAAUCCACUCUGGGUCAUUAAAACACGGUUCAUGACCCAGACCCGAGAUGAAGUUAGAUAUCGGCACACCCUAGAUGCGUUUCUUACCAUUUACCGAAAUGAAGGCAUCACUGCCUUCUAUCGGGGCCUGUUUCCUAGCCUUCUAGGUAUUGCACACGUUGCAGUACAGUUCCCUCUCUAUGAAAAGUUGAAGAUAUGGGCCCAGGGUGAUUCCGAGACUCCACUUCCGAGCCACACUAUCCUUGGAUGUUCUGCCGUUGCGAAGAUGGUCGCCUCUAUUUCCACCUACCCGCACGAAGUCAUCCGUACUCGCCUACAAACUCAGCGUCGACCGUUGGCUGCAGACCUGUCGUCGGAUGGAAUGCUGCGUACCCAUGAAAGGCGGGGUGUAAUAUAUACCACCAAGAAGCUUAUUCGGAAGGAGGGAUGGACUAGUUUAUAUAAAGGCUUGUCUAUCAAUCUCCUACGCACAGUUCCCAACAGUGCCGUGACUAUGUUAACAUACGAACUACUGAUGAGGCAGCUCUCCUCACGGACGUCUUAGUUCUCGCAUACGAGAACCACAACCUGUAUCUAGAUUCUGCACUUGAUUUAGUGUGUAUUUUACUUAUCACUACCUGUUCUUUUCAUGUAAUAAUGGGGAUUCGAUAUUGUGCUAAAUGGGCCUUGGGCAGCUGGUAGUCGUUCGAAUUACAUUAACCUAACUAUCAG